ACACAGCCGGGAAUGAGCUGGGAUUGGAACCCACUCUGGCUUUACUACUUCCAACGCUACCCACACGAGGCGCCUUUUGAAAGAGAAAGCGAUCCUCGCCCAGCACUAACUGCUCUAUCGCCUUUUCCCCUUCUUGUUGGGUGUGUGUCUUUUAAGGCCGUACCAUUUCUCCCACAUUUCUCCGUUUAAUUUUCCCUUGAGGGCAGGCGCCGAGGCCGCUCACAGCCCCAGAGCAGCGAAACUGACUUCCUAGGAACGGAAGGAGCUGCACAAGCGAUCACCGACGCGCGCGCUCCCCGGGAGGAGGCCACCGCGGACCCAGCGGCGGACCGGCGGGACGCCCAAGGGCAGCACUCCACACCGCCCCAGCCCCGGCGGCAACGGGGACUCCGCCGAGAACCACUUCCGGCGGCACCGGAAGCCCGGCGGGGACCUUUUCGGGGACGGAAUGACCGGCCGGCACUUCUCACGGGUCCUGAAGGCGGUCCCCGCCCGGCCUGAGAACCAGCCGCCCCGUGCUUUAUGUGAGAGCUAACUAAAUUCCUUCCAACUCUUGCAUUCAGACGUUUCCACCAACGCAACUACGUUUCCAACAUCCUUUUUCAGAUUCCGUGAGAAGAAUAUCCUAGCGGCGAAAGAACACCGAAUUGGGAGUCAAAAUCCUGGGUUCUAGUUCUCACUGUCUUUAACUGGCGUUGUGACAUUGGAGAGGUCCUUUUGACCUCUCUGGACUCCAGUUUCCUUUUCCGUAAAAUGAAGAGGUUGGAAAAGUAGCAAGUUCCUUCCAGUUUUGACAUUUGGUUCGAUCACAGGAGGAGCAUUAACAAUAAUGGUAGUUAAUAUCUAGAGAGUAUUUAGUAUGGAAUCCCAUCUCUCUGACUAGACCGUGGACUCGUUCAGGGAGAAACAUGAACCAGAAGAUACUGAAGUUGGAGAACUUGCUACGAUUUCGCACUCUUUGUAGGCAGCUGCACGGCCUGGGUCAAAGAAGACCGUUAGCACAGUGGAGACACCUGUUUUCAUCUGUCUACCCAGUGUGGACGGCUCAGCUCUGUGUCCGACCCUGGCAGACAGAUGUGCUCAUUGGGGCUGCUUUGUCUCAAUAUAGGCUUCUAGUAACAAAGAAGGAAGAAAGAUUACGGAAAUCUCAGUUAUCUUCAACAAAAUCUAAAAAGGAGGUAGAGGUAUGGAUUGGAAUAACUAUUGAGGAGCUGGCCAGAGCAAUGGAUAAAGACAUAGAUUAUAUAUAUGAAGCUUUAAUGAACACUGCUAUUGACAUAGAUUCACUAGAAGCAAACUCACAUUUAGAUGAAGUCUGGAUCAAAGAAGUGAUAAAGAAGGCAGGAAUGAAGAUAAAAUGGAGCAAAUUAAAACAGGACAAAGUCAGAGAAAAUAAAGAUGCUGUAAGAAGGCCCCAGGCAGAUGCAGCUUUAUUAACCCCAAGGUCCCCAGUUGUUACUAUAAUGGGCCAUGUUGAUCAUGGAAAAACGACGUUACUUGACAAACUGCGAAAAACUCAAGUGGCAGCAAUGGAAGCUGGAGGCAUCACUCAGCACAUUGGUGCCUUUCUUGUUUCUCUGCCUUCUGGGGAGAAGAUAACCUUUCUUGAUACUCCAGGACAUGCUGCUUUCUCAGCAAUGAGAGCCAGAGGUGCUCAGGUCACUGACAUCAUCAUAUUGGUUGUAGCUGCAGAUGAUGGAGUGAUGAAACAAACUGUGGAAUCUAUUCAGCAUGCCAAAGAUGCUCAAGUUCCUAUUGUCCUUGCCAUAAAUAAGUGUGACAAAGCUGAGGCGGAUCCUGAAAAAGUGAAAAAAGAACUGCUAGCUUAUGACGUGGUGUGUGAGGAUUACGGAGGUGACGUGCAAGCAGUGCACGUCUCUGCUCUUACGGGUGAUAAUCUGAUGGCUUUGGCAGAGGCAACAAUUGCUCUCGCAGAAAUGUUAGAAUUGAAAGCAGACCCUACUGGUCCAGUGGAAGGAACAGUAAUAGAAUCUUUCACAGACAAAGGAAGAGGUCCUGUUACUACAGCUAUAAUUCAAAGAGGAACUUUGAGAAAAGGCUCGAUUCUGGUUGCUGGAAAGAGUUGGGCAAAAGUACGCUUAAUGUUUGAUGAAAAUGGUAAAACAGUCAACGAAGCCUCUCCUAGCAUGCCAGUGGGAAUUACAGGCUGGAGAGACCUUCCUUCUGCAGGAGAUGAAAUUCUUGAAGUAGAAUCUGAGCCAAGGGCACGUGAAGUUGUUGACUGGAGGAAGUAUGAGCAAGAACAGGAGAAAAAUAUAGAGGAUCUGAAAAUGAUAGAGGAAAAGCGAAAGGAACACCAAGAAGCACAUCGGAAAGCUCGUGAGAAGUAUGGCACUUUGAACUGGAAGGAGAGAUCAUUUAUGAAGUACCAAGAAAAAAAAGAACAAAAACCCUUAAAGUCAAAAGAGAAAACAGAAAGAGAUUCAAAUGUACUUCCUAUAAUUAUUAAAGGUGAUGUUGAUGGUUCCGUUGAGGCCAUUUUGAACAUUAUGGAUACCUAUGAUGCUUCACAUGAGUGUGAACUAGAAUUAGUACAUUUUGGUGUGGGUGAUAUUAGUGAAAAUGAUGUUAACCUUGCUGAAACAUUUCGUGGUGUUAUAUUUGGCUUCAAUGUGAAUGCAGGAAAUGUUAUCCAGCAGUCAGCUGCAAAAAAAAGAGUGAAAAUUAAACUUCACAAAAUCAUUUACCGUCUUGUUGAAGAUUUGCAGGAGGAACUGAGCAGUAGAUUGCCCUGCACUGUGGAAGAGCACCCAAUCGGUGAGGCUUCUAUACUAGCCACGUUCUCUGUAGCCGAAGGGAAGAAAAAAGUUCCUGUGGCUGGCUGCAGAGUCCAAAAGGGACAGUUAGAAAAACAAAAAAAAUUUAAAUUAAUCCGUAAUGGACAUGUUAUUUGGAAGGGCUCGUUAACCUCACUGAAACAUCAUAAAGAUGACGUUUCAGUCAUCAAAACUGGAAUGGAUUGUGGUCUCAGUUUGGAUGAAGAAAAGAUAGAAUUUAAAGUGGGAGACGAAAUUGUUUGUUACGAAGAAAAGGAAGUUCUAGCCAAGACUUCUUGGGAUCCAGGAUUUUAAAAUUGUAUUAAAAAUGUAAAUGAUAAAUGUCUUGAUUUAUUAUAGAACUAGUUUUGCUUUACUGAAGGUAAGAAUUCACCACUACUGGUCAAAAAGUACCCAAAGAGUUCAAGUGUUAACAAUGCAUUAACUGUCAAAAUGCUACAGAAAAAGGAAACCUUACUUAAGGAUGCCGUACUAGAAAUCCUGGAAUUGAAAAGAACCAUAUAUUAAAAGGGAAUUGUUAAUUAUUGGUAUAUCAUUGAAUGUAAUAAUCAGAGUUUAACAAACUUCAAGUGUACGUUUUAGUUGAGUGGUAGCAAGAGAAGCAAUUCUCCCUGAAUUGAGCUCCAGGGGCAAAAUAUGGUGCCAGUCAAAUACUGCUUGAAACCGUAUUUUUUAGUGUCACUAGUACUGAUGAGAAAACAUUAAAUUCCUGAGUUGAUGCUCAACAACGAACAGUAGUCUGUUCCCUUGUACUACAGACAGCAAACAUUCCAGCCAAACUACCUAAGGACUGACGAUGAAUUUUUCAAUUGGCAACUUAAAGCUUAGCCUUUAAAUUUCCUAUCUUAACAACUUAUGUUGUAGCCUCUUUAGGCAAGGUCCUAACACCACUUUACACAAACCAGUUUCUCAGACUAGGGGAGGUAGUUGCCCCUGCCCCCGCCCCGGGGUCAUUUGGCAAUGUCUGGACAAACUUUUGGUUGUGGUAAUGGGGGUUGGAUGGUAUGCUACUGGCAUCAAGUGGGUAGAGGCCAUGGAUCCUACGAUGCACAGGACAGCCUCCACAACAAAGAGUUAUCUGGUCCAAAAUGCCAAUAGUGCUGAGGUAAAAAAAGCUGACAGAAAGACAAACUGGCUUCUGUCCAGACAGCUGAUAUUAAAUACAACACAAUUCUUCUAACAAAGUAUAGAUGGUUUAUCAAAGAAAAUGGUGUGACCAUCAAUUUGACACUUAAAAACCACUCAAUCAAUGGAAUAAAAUUCAACAAUUAAAUGUUAGUUCAUGUCUUUUAUUAAUCCAUAUACCAUUACUUGUCUUCUGGUUUGUUGAAACAAUAGGUCAGACAACAUUUGCCACAAUAAUGUCUGUCAAAAUGGCUA